AUGAAUAAGGCAUACACGAAAUGUAUGCUGUAUUUGAUGACGUCAGUUUUAAUGCUACAUUGCGUACAGGCAGGAUGUUGGGAUUACUGCGCAUGUGCUCUUGGUAACUAUGGUCACGAUGACGAGUUUUACUUGGAUUGCAGAGGAAGGCAGUUAAAAUUUAUUCCUAACGGAUCCUCCCAUGGCGUCCAAGACUCGCUGUUGUCGGAAUCUGCAGUGGGUCCGAGUCCGUCUUCCGCGGUGCGGCACAGAUUGGUCUCUGUUGUUCCCUGGUCCAAUUCUCGGACCUUGGCCAGUGAAGUUAUUCACUAUGCAUGGUUCACUCAUAACAACCUAACUAAGCUACAUUCUAGAGAAUUUCAAUAUUUACAUAUUUUAAUCGAGUUGCGUUUGUCAUAUAACCAUAUUACCGAAAUACAGCCUAAUGCGUUUGAAGGCUUAGUCCACGUGGAAACUCUGGAUGUAUCGCAUAACAAACUGAUGGAUGUGGACAUGUCGCUGUUCUUGGGAAUGGUGGGAUUGAAUGAAUUGUCUUUAGCCCACAACUCUAUUCAGAAUACAUUAAUGGAUUUCGAUGCAUUCUCUGGUACCAACAGUUCCAGCGAAACCCUGCCUAUAGAAACGCUAGAUCUCAGUCAUAAUCGCAUCGUUAACUUUCCCCCAGGGUUCUUCGACGUGUUCACCAGUUUACGUGACUUAGACGUGUCGUAUAAUCGACUCUUACAACUACCUCUCAUUUCAUUUCCAUCAUUUUCCAGAUUCGCACAUAAUAACAUAAAUAAACUUGAGAAUUCUAAAAUCGGCGACAUGUCAAAGACAAGGUUACUGGAACUGAAUAAUAACAAUCUAUCAUACAUUAACCACACCACGGCAGCGAUGUUGGAGAUUUAUUCUAAUCCGAACCCUGACCUUGAGGUUAUCAGCUUUGACAAUCCCUGGCGAUGUGACUGCGUCAUGUUAAAACUACGCGAAACAUGGUCCAGACACCCCAUCUUUCUCGCAGACGCCAUCGAGUGUCAAGAACCCACUAAGUUAAGGGGACGGAAUUUCUGGCAAGUUGAUGAAACUGAACUGGUUUGUGGAAACGAGGAGGUUGAAAAAUCAGUGACAGCGCCAACAAUGUUGAUUGUAUGUGUGGUGGUGUCCAGUCUUGUGACACUGCUGCUCACGCUGGUGGUGGUGGUUAUUGUGUGUCAGUGCCGAUCAAAAAGAUACAAUAUGAAUAAUUCUCCUAAAAUUGAAACGACCGAAAUGGACAAACAGGGGUGA